AUACUGGUGAACCGGUAUGUGAAAUAAGCAACAGUGAUUGCACGAGCAAGCAUAAAUUCCUGAUUUUUCGAAAUAUUUGCUGUUCCAUCGUUUAUUGCGAAUUGUUGCAACUGUUCUGUUAUUAAACUCGAUCUUUGGUGUGUAAAACGCUGACGAGAGAAAAGUAGGCUGACGCUAACGGCAUGGACAAGAAUUGAACCACAAACGAGACUGGUAGUGGAAGAAGGCACGGCUCAGCUUAUCACUUCGACACAAACAAUAAAGGCGAACAUGCUUGCGGCUGGUUUAUUCCACUUCUCUAUCUGCUGAUUGUAGGAAAAACGAUGAUCAUGAUGAUGAUGAUGCAAACGACAACUUUGACCCUCGCGGGGUCUCUUAUGACGGCAACGACUCAACUCCACAUUAUUAGAAAUUUAACCAAUGCUAAAUUGAGACGUCGGUCACUCACAAUAAGUAGUAGCAAUCGAGCAGCGGAAGCAAACGGAUACGGUGGCGAGAAUAAGAGUUUCGUGAGAAGAGUGAACAUUUGGCAUUUUCAAGUGAUUAGUGACAAUAGUAGAACAGGACUUGGUAGUGCACAACAAAACUUUUCUUAUUUCUCAAGAAGAUCAAGUGGUUUUAUAAAUCAGACCAAAAUGGUACACACGAACAGUAACAAUUGUUUGUUGGGAACCAAUGAAGCAGACAUUUUAACGCUGGAUAAACACUAUCCUCUCGCCACCAAAGACAGUUGCAUUCAGAUGGCGAAAUUGAUUGAUGGCAAAAAGAUAGCUAGCGAUAUACGAGUGGAGCUGCGCGAACAAAUCGAAGAAUGGAUGAAGCAAGGCAAUCGGGCUCCACAGCUCACGGCUAUCCUGAUUGGCGAAGAUCCCGCCAGCAGCACAUACGUGGCUAACAAGAUGAAGGCAGCAGCCGAUGUAGGAAUCAACAGCAAAACGGAACGCUAUGGUUCCGAUAUCACUGAGGAACAGCUGCUGAAGCGAAUUGAAGAACUUAACGAGGACGAUUCGGUGGACGGUAUUUUGGUACAGCUGCCCGUACCUGGACACAUCAACGAGCGGCGGGUGUGCAAUUCCAUCUCGUGCGACAAAGACGUCGAUGGAUUCAACGAGCGUAAUGUUGGGCGUCUCUGUCUCGAUAUGAACACUCUCAUACCGUGCACUCCGUUGGGAGUGCAAGAGUUAAUCAAGCGAAGCCAAAUUGAGACGUUUGGUAAGAACGCUGUGGUUGUGGGCCGUUCCAAGAACGUUGGAAUGCCAAUUGCGAUGCUUUUGCACGCGGAUGGUCGCAACGAUACUUGUGCCAUGGACGCCAACGUAACCAUUUGCCAUAGGUUCACGCCACAGGAGGAGCUGACACGAUUCUGUCGGACGGCGGAUAUUAUCGUGACAGCUACGGGUGUCCCCGGUUUGAUCAAGGCUGAUAUGGUGAAAGAAGGAGCUGCGGUGAUUGAUGUUGGAAUCACUCGCGUUACCGAUCCGGUUACAGGCAAGAAUAAACUGGUUGGAGAUGUAGACUUCGAAGAGGUGCGAAAAGUGGCAGGCCACAUUACACCAGUGCCAGGCGGUGUUGGUCCGAUGACGGUUGCUAUGCUCAUGAAAAAUACUUUUAUAGCAGCCAAAAAUUUGACUGGCAAGAAAAAUUAAGUUAAUGUUUUGUUGUUCGCACAUUGUAUUCGAUGGUGAACUUGAGGAUUUGACUACCACAGAGCAUUUGCAAGGCAGUAUUGUGAGGCAAUAUUUUUUACACAUGAAUGUAUUUUUAAAACAUAUAGAAAAGAUAGGUACAAACUAUAACAGCCAAGAUCUGUUUGAAUAAAAGAUUUAACGCCGAUUAUGUUGUUCCUUGAAGAA